AUGUCCGACAGUUAUAGUGGCGAUUACUACCACUUCGUAACGCAGCGGAGCCAGGCAGCUGAGAUUAUUCUGCCGAUUCCGUCUUUCUGCAAGCCUCUCGCCGCCUCGGUGCGACCCUUUGGCGAGGGAAAGGCGGGCCUCCUCGCCUCCUUCUUCGACCCCGAGCAGCACGCCUGGGUGGUGCGGCAGCUGCCAGUGCACGAGUCAUGGCCGCAUCAGCCACCACCAUGUCUCACUGUGCGGGUCGUUACGCUGGUGGACCCGACCAACCUCUACGAACUUCGUGUGUGUCUCUCCAGUGUCCUCGACGAUAUCGACAACGAUGAGCUCUGUGCUCUGCAGCGACGCUCCCAGAUCUACGAGUUUCUUCUCGAGGAGCACCUCAACGACAGGUCCGGUGCCGCUUUGCGAUCCGCUGGCGCAGAGGGGCGGCUGCCGCAGCUUAGGGAAGCUGUGACGCUUGCUGCACCAUUGGAUGUGAUGGAUGGCUUUGUGCUGACCGGCGGUGGCUUUCUGUCGGACUUCCCGGUGCUGCGAGACGGCCCGGCGCUGCCGCGCUCGAUGAACACCGUCUACGAUGACAUUCUCGCCGGUGACGAUUUCUGUGGUCCGCCGAUGCCCGCAGGUGGCGCACGCUUUGCAGGGCCGGACUCGGCCGCCAAAACUAGCGUGGGCAGGGGUAGCGACUUGCCAGUGAGCUCUAACGAGCCGCUAGAGUUCACGGCGUGGUCUGUGACGGCGGCGGCAAACGCUGGGUUGGUGUGUAUCUCGAUGGGCUUGCGCCGCCGGAGUCCGAUGGAACGGUCCCGGCUGCAGUCAGGAUCGCAGCACAUCCACUCCGUAUCCCCGCAUAAGAGCACGGGUGCAGGGGAAUCGCUGGCCAUUAGCCCAGGGCCCGUGUGGGCCAAUCCGCCCCCUAGCGUUGUCAACGGUAGGGGGGCUCUCACCGUCGUUCAGGACUCCGGCGACCCCGUCUCAGGUUUGCGGCCCAAUGAGCACGGCGACGACGGAAACGGUGCUCAUGGCGUUGUGAGUGCUUAUUCGUCUGCGACAGUGACAAGUAUGGCGGCGCGGCCGCUGCUGGAGACACUGACGCUGCGCGGGGAGGUGGACGUGAAGCUGUCCCGUCAUGAUGGCGAAGAGUGGGGCAUAUCUCUCCCACCGCCGCACGGGAGCCUGAGAUUUCCCAUGGGCCCCAACCGCGAGCUCAUGGCGGCGGCUCGGCGGCUCUUUUACUGCGAAUAA